AUGGCCACAGUAAUCGAAGCCAUCAGAAUUUCAAAUAACCUAAUGGAUAUGGACCAACUAAAUAAAAGACCCACCUUCUCAAGAACGAUACACAACACAAACAAUAACCUCACAAGAAUCUUGGAAAGGAGACUAGACAGAAUAUACCUUAACAAUAGCUUAAUCAACUACAGCCAAUUAUACUUAAGGAACCUAAUCCCCCCAAAAAUUAACGACAUACCUCUAUCAGAUCACAACUUCCUAUCAACCACUUUCACUCUACCCAACAUACAGAUGAACAAGCGCAGAUGGAGAUUAAAAAAAUCCUCAAUCCUCUCAAGCAUAAUGCUUAAGAAAAUAGACUUCCUACUUAACGAUUAUUCAAGGGAGCUGUCAUCCAACCAUAACUCUAUUUCCUUCUCUCAACUCAACAGCUUACUGAACAAAAUAAAACAACUAUACACCGAAUUUCAAAAACAAAACGACUACAACAAUAAGGCAAACAUCAAAAAUCUAAUCUCCCUACUAGAGACAGAAUUUAAAGACCAAGCCUUCGCAACCCUUUCAGCAAUAAAUGAAUCUAAAAAAAGAGAAGAACAACUUAAACAAGAAUUGAACAACUAUUGCGAAGAAACCUCACUCAAGUACAUCUCCGCGAGAAUCAAGAAAAGACACAAUGAUUUCACCAUCAACGCAGUAAAAGAUGCACAAGGUAGAACAAUUAACAAACAGGAAUUGAUCGAAGAAGAAUACGUAAAAUAUUACUCAAAUCUUUAUGACUACAAAGAAGAUGACCCACUAUCUCAUUACGAAAUGUUGGAAAAUUGGACAGUGACCAGGGACUCAACAUGGGACAACCUUGAAAAUGAAUUCACCUCACAAGAAAUCCUAGAAGUAAUAAAACAACUGAACCCACACAAAUCUCCAGGUCCAGAUGGAAUUCCAAACUUAUUCUACAUAACACACAAAGAAAAACUAGCUCCAAUACUGGCCUCAGCAUUCAACGACACUCUAAGAAAUCCUCAUCUAAUUAGCAAAAAUUACAAAGAAGGCCUCAUUAUCACGAUACCUAAAAAGGGAGACCCCGAACUAAUCAAAAACAGAAGACCAAUUACACUGGCUAACUGUAUAUAUAAAAUCCACUCAAAGCUAAUAAACAAUAGAAUAAUCCCAAUACUAACGAAAGUGAUCAACCACAAUCAAAAAGGUUUCGUACCAGGCAGAUUCAUUAUAGAUAAUAUCAUAUCAAUGAACGAAUUAAUCAACUAUUGUAAUGAUAAAAGAAUUAACGGAAUAAUUACACUAUAUGAUUUCGAAAAAGCUUUUGACUCGAUCUCACACGGUUCAAUACUCAGAUCACUACAACACAUCAACAUUCCAACCAAUAUAAUCAACCUGAUAAUGAAUCUACUCACCAAAUCUGAAGCAAGAAUUGAAAUUAAUGGUAGAACUACUAUACCCUUUGAGAUCAAAAGAGGAGUUAAACAAGGAGAUCCACUAUCACCCACCCUGUUCGUCCUUGUAAUAGAGGCUUUAGCUAGAAAAAUUUUACAAGAUGACCGAAUUACUGGCCUUCCUCUAAACAACAGCAACCACAGAGAGAAAUUCCAAAGCUUUGCAGACGACUCGGCUUCAAUGGUCCCAGACUCUCAACAACUUGAAUUAGUACUACAACACUUCAAUUCAUUUUGCAAAGCCACCUCCUCAAAACUUAACAUCGACAAAUCUUCAUCAAUUCUUAUAGGCAACCCAGACAAUACCAACCAAAGAAUUCCAAUAUCUACAAAUCCAGAAAGAUACUUGGGAUACUUCUUCACAGGUAAAGGGAUAACAAGAAAAAUGCCAGAAAUAUUAAACACAAUAAGAUCAUCCUUAGUACUAUGGAAAACCACUGACUCAACAAUCAAAACCAAAACCAACAUCCUCAAAGCAUUCGCACUCUCUAAAUUAACCUACUAUUCAUAUGUAGAGAACUUUAAGGAAGAGGAAUUAAACCAAAUCAAUAAAUUAGUCGAAUGGUUUUUAUCGGCACCAAACAACAAAAAUGCUAGUGGAUUUCAAGUUAUUAAUUUAAUGAGAACCAAAAGAGCAAGAUACCCACUAAAAGUAGGGGGCUGGAACAUUUGGAAUAUAGAAUUGAGACAACUGGCGCAGAAACUUUGGAUCAUAAACCAGUUCAUCCUAGCACUAGAAACCAAACAAACAAACUCAUCUCAUCACAAAAGCUGGGAAUAUCAGAUCCAAAAAAACAAAUUCACAUCCAGAUACCUAAAAGAAAACUUACGAAUGGAACAAAAUAAGAAUAAAAAAAAGCAAUCUUCAACAAUAAUCUCACAUCCAUAA